AUGUCUGAAUCUGUUUGCAUUCAUUGUGAUAAUCAAGUUCGUCUUCACAUUGAAAAGUUAUGUGCAAGAAUCAAUGAGUUAAGAUCAAGGUUGACAGAGCUUGAAAAGAGUUUUACGGAUUAUGAUCCAGAGAAUGAUGAUGAAAAUGAUGUCGAAGAAGAUACAUCACAAAUAACAACAAAUAGUGAUGAUAAAGAUAUGCCUUCCAUUAGUAGUAGUAGCGAAGAUGAAGAUAAAGUAGCCGAUGAAAACUGUAAUGAAGAUAAUGGAUCUCCACAAUAUACAGCAAAAGUUUUACAAAUUAUUGUUGAUAAAGCACAAAAAAUCAGUUAUAUCCGAUAUAUUACUCGUUAUCCAAAUAUCAUGAAAUAUGUUCAAAAUGAAGAUCAAUCAACCAUCCAUCAGACAUGUCCGGGUGCAGAUCUACAACCAUUUAUGAAAAAAUAUGUCAAUGAAGAAUAUAGUCGUAAAUUGUUAAAACGUGUCAAAGAUGAAGUACGUGAAGUUCAUCGUCGUUAUUUAAGAUUAAUAAAAAAUGAUUAG